AUGAAUAUAUUCCGUUUGGUGGCUGACUUGAUGCAUCUAGCAUCAAUUCUCAUCCUACUUUUGAAAAUACAAAGCUCACAAUCAUGUGUCGGCAUAUCGUUCAAAUCACAGAUACUGUACACGGUCGUAUUCUUGACGCGGUACCUCGAUCUUUUUAUGAAGUUUUUUUCCGUAUACAACACUUGCAUGAAAUUGUUCUUCAUCGUGACAUCCGUCUAUAUACUGUACUUGAUGCGAAUCAAGUACAAAGCUUCGUACGAUCCAGGAUUGGAUACAUUCCGCUACGAGUUUCUGGUGGCCGGUGCUGCGAUCUUUGGCGUGAUGUUUUCAUAUGACUAUACUCCUGUUGAAGUUCUUUGGUCAUUUUCAAUUUGGCUUGAGUCGGUCGCCAUCAUGCCUCAAUUGUACAUGCUGCAGCAAACAGGAGAAGCAGAAACAAUCACUACGCACUAUAUUUUUGCAUUGGGUGCAUAUCGCGCUCUCUAUCUGGCGAACUGGUUGUACCGCUACUGCACGGAAAAUCAUGUAGAUUGGAUCGCCUGGGUAGCUGGAUUGAUACAAACUGCAUUGUACAGCGACUUUUUCUACAUUUACUACACAAAAGUGCUUAAGGGCAAGAAGUUUGAAUUAUCAGAGUAA